AUGUCGUAUCCGUUAGAAAACUCACAAGCAAAGCCAGUGACGAAAUUAUCAAGGAAUUCGAACCCGUAUCACAUAAAACGUCCCAUGAAUGCGUUUAUGGUUUGGUCGAGGCUACAGCGGAAGAAGAUAUCCACGUUGAACCCGAAACUUCAUAACUCCGAGAUAUCAAAACGGCUCGGUCUGGAGUGGAAGAGUCUGGACGACUCCGAGAAGAGACCGUUCAUAGAUGAAGCGAAGAGAUUGAGACUGAAACACAUGCAUGACUACCCAGACUACAAGUACAGGCCGCGGCGGAAAAACAGGAUGGACACCUCGAUAUAUGGACCUACUUCUUUAUAUACAUCUCGAGAGAGCUUCGUAGAGAUAGAACCGAGGGUCGAAGCCAGCUAUCCUAUACCAAUCAACUAUUCCGACCCUCAGUAUAUGUACAACAACGUCAUAAGUUACACGGUACCUAUAAAUCAGGCUCCGUUCGUUUCCCCCAUAAGACCUAAAGAGGAGAACUUGCCUAGUUUAGACCUAAGGCCGUUGCCGUCGAUUGAGAGCAUUUCACCGAGGCCGUUCGCUGUCAUGAACCAGCAAAUGAUGGUGAAGUCUUACCCCAACCUGCACUACGUGCCUGAAGACGUCGCGAGGAUAUCAUAUCACUACCCCUUCAGUGUGCAGUAG